UGCUGAGCAAAAGAAAAAAAAAAAAAAGACACUGGUUUAAGUCAGGAAACAAAAAAAGGGAACUGAGUGACUGUGAAAGGGUGGGGUUUGCUCAGACUGUCCUUCCUCUCUGGACUGUAAGAAUAUGUCUCCAGGGCCAGUGUCUUCUGAGAUCGAGUCCCACCUUCCAAGUCCUGGCAUUUCAAUGCAACUGGAAAGCUACCUGCAUUAAGCCAGGACUAAGCACACAAGGGGGUUCCAGAAGAAGAAGCUAUGGCUGCAGUGAUACUAGAGAGCAUCUUUCUAAAGCGAUCGCAGCAGAAAAAGAAAACGUCCCCUCUAAACUUCAAGAAACGGCUUUUUCUCUUGACUGUGCACAAGCUUUCCUACUAUGAAUAUGACUUUGAACGUGGGAGAAGAGGCAGUAAGAAGGGUUCGAUAGAUGUUGAGAAGAUCACCUGUGUUGAAACAGUGGUUCCUGAAAAAAAUCCUCCCCCUGAAAGACAGAUUUUGAGAAGGGGUGAAGAGGCUAGUGAAAUGGAGCAGAUUUCAAUCAUAGAAAGGUUCCCUUACCCCUUUCAGGUUGUGUAUGAUGAAGGUCCUCUCUAUGUCUUCUCCCCAACUGAAGAACUGAGGAAGCGUUGGAUUCACCAGCUCAAAAAUGUCAUUCGAUACAACAGUGAUCUGGUACAGAAAUACCACCCUUGCUUCUGGAUUGACGGGCAAUAUCUCUGCUGCUCUCAGACAGCCAAGAAUGCCAUGGGCUGUCAGAUUUUGGAGAACAGGAAUGGAAGCUUAAAACCUGGGAGUUCUCACCGAAAAACAAAAAAACCUCUUCCCCCGACACCUGAGGAGGACCAGAUCUUGAAAAAACCACUCCCCCCUGAGCCAACAGCCGCUCAGGUCUCCACAAGUGAACUGAAGAAGGUAGUAGCCCUUUAUGAUUACAUGCCAAUGAAUGCCAAUGACCUCCAGCUACGGAAGGGCGAAGCAUACUUUAUCCUGGAGGAGAGCAACUUACCCUGGUGGCGAGCACGAGAUAAAAAUGGGCAAGAAGGUUAUAUUCCUAGCAACUAUGUCACUGAAGCAGAAGACUCCAUAGAAAUGUAUGAGUGGUAUUCCAAACAUAUGACUCGGAGUCAAGCUGAGCAAUUGCUGAAGCAAGAGGGAAAAGAAGGCGGUUUCAUUGUCAGAGACUCCAGCAAAGCUGGAAAAUAUACUGUGUCGGUGUUUGCUAAAUCUAUAGGUGACCCUCAAGGGGUGAUACGCCAUUAUGUUGUGUGUUCCACACCUCAGAGCCAGUACUAUCUGGCUGAGAAGCACCUUUUCAGCACCAUUCCCGAGCUCAUUAACUACCAUCAGCACAACUCAGCAGGACUCAUAUCUAGGCUCAAGUACCCAGUAUCUCAGCAAAACAAGAAUGCACCUUCCACUGCGGGCCUGGGAUAUGGAUCAUGGGAAAUUGAUCCAAAGGACCUGACCUUCCUCAAAGAGCUGGGGACUGGACAAUUUGGGGUCGUGAAAUAUGGGAAAUGGAGAGGCCAGUAUGACGUAGCCAUCAAGAUGAUCAAAGAAGGCUCCAUGUCAGAGGAUGAGUUUAUUGCAGAAGCCAAAGUCAUGAUGAAUCUUUCCCAUGAGAAACUGGUGCAGUUAUAUGGCGUCUGUACCAAACAGCGUCCCAUCUUCAUCAUUACUGAAUACAUGGCCAAUGGCUGCCUCUUGAACUACCUGAGGGAGAUGCGUCAUCGCUUCCAGACACAGCAGCUGCUAGAGAUGUGCAAGGAUGUCUGCGAAGCCAUGGAAUACCUGGAGUCAAAGCAGUUCCUCCACCGAGAUCUGGCAGCUCGAAAUUGUUUAGUCAACGAUCAAGGAGUUGUUAAAGUAUCUGACUUCGGCCUGUCCAGGUAUGUCCUGGAUGAUGAGUACACAAGCUCAGUAGGCUCCAAGUUUCCAGUUCGGUGGUCUCCACCAGAAGUUCUUAUGUAUAGCAAGUUCAGCAGCAAAUCUGACAUUUGGGCUUUUGGGGUUUUGAUGUGGGAAAUCUACUCUCUGGGAAAGAUGCCAUAUGAGAGAUUUAAUAACAGUGAAACAGCUGAACAUAUCGCCCAAGGCCUGCGUCUCUUUAGGCCUCAUCUAGCAUCAGAGAGAAUAUAUACCAUUAUGUACAGUUGCUGGCACGAGAAAGCCGAUGAACGUCCUACUUUCAAAAUUCUUCUGAGCAACAUUCUAGAUGUCAUGGAUGAAGAAUCUUGAAUUCACCAAUAAGCUUUUUUUUCAACUUUUAAUUUUUGGUUCUACUUCUCUUUUCUAUGAACCCUAAUUUUACUUUCUCUGGGAAAAAUCCUACCCACACCUACAGCCCUGAAGACUUUGUACUUUCAGUGACUUUAGAAACCAGCCUCUACAACCUCUAUGUCUAAGAAUGUGUCUGUUCUUUGAUUCCCUGUGAUAAUGCCUUUUGAGCAAAUGCCAAGGAAUUAUUGUGUCUGGCUUUGUCCUCCAAGGGGGAAAUUUCCAGAGUGUUAAGAUAGACUUCAUUUGGGCUGGAGACAUUUUAGGGGAGGGAAAGGUAUAAGUCUUCUUAUGAGGUAUCCAAUAGCUCUUGGGUAGGCAUUGGCGGGUGUAGGUAGAAUUUGGUAAGAAUCAAAUGGUGUCAUAAAAGUGGGAGGGGAGGGUGUUUUGAUAAAAUAAAAUCACUGGAAAACAGAA